AUGGAGGAAAUGAAACAUAAUUCCACUCAAAUACCCGGUCUACCCUUGGCCUUCCAUGGGACUGUGAUUCACUCCAAAAAGCUCGACAAGCUCGAGAUACUGGAAAACUGCUUUCUGCUCGUGAACAACUCCGGUCAAAUCCAGGCUUUACAGGCUGAUGUUGAUCCCGACCAGAUCAAUUCUAUGAUUUCAGCUCUUGGUUAUGCCCCUGAUGUGUUUCCCGUGAAGUACCUGCAGCGGGGCCAGUUCCUUUGCCCAGGAUUCGUGGAUACUCAUAACCAUGCCCCUCAAUUCGCUCAACGCGGCGUUGGCCGCGGAAUAUCGUUAAUGGAUUGGCUAAAUGAAGUCACUUUUGCACAUGAGGCUAAAUUCGCUGACAUUGAAUACGCCAAAACCAUGUAUGCUCGGUGCGUUACUGGGUUCCUUCAACAGGGUAUCACAACGGCCUCUUACUAUGCAUCCCUGCAUGGCCUAGCAACGAAAAUACUAGCGGAUAUAUGUCUUGAUAAAGGUCAACGUGCACUCGUUGGCAAAUGCAAUAUGAAUAGAAAUUCGCCUGAUUGGUAUAGGGAUUCCUCGGUCCAGGAAUCUCUUCACCAAACUCGGGAAGUGAUUCAACAUAUCCAGCAGAUCGACCCAGAAAGCAAACUUGUCCAACCGGUCAUUACACCCAGAUUUGCAAUUUCAUGCGAGUCGGAGCUUCUGCAAGGCUUGGGAGUCAUCGCGGAAGAACAUCCCGAACUACCGAUUCAAACGCAUUUUAACGAAGCCCGACAAGAGAUCGACUUCACGCUGCAACUCUUUCCUGAAUACCGCACUGAGACUGAACUCUAUAAGAGUUUCGGUCUGUUGAACGACCGCUCAAUUCUGGCCCAUUGCAUCUACUUGAAAGAUGAGGAGAUUGAGGAGAUUCGACAACUUCGUUGUGGUGUGGCGCAUUGUCCGAUCUCAAAUACUACCAUGGACGCAUUCAUGGUAGCACCGAUUCGCGAAUAUUUGAGACACGGUAUCAAGGUGGGCUUGGGAACGGAUUCCGGUGGUGGUCAUUCUGCCUCCAUGUUGGAGAUUAUGCGGCAGGCGUUUGUCGUUUCGAUUGCACGGCAAGAGGCGACUAAGGGCCAAGAUCAAGCUUUAUCAUUAGCUGAGGGAUUUUACCUUGCUACUCUUGGUGGAGCUCAAGUAUGCGGGCUGGAUGCCAAAGUCGGAAAUUUUGCUACAGGCAAGGAGUUUGAUGCCCUUGAGAUUCAUACUAUUGAAAUUGAGGGACGAGGAGUCAUGACACCUGUGGAGGAGGAAGAUACGAUCCCCGUGAUCUUUGAAAAGUGGGUUAUGACAGGGGAUGACAGGAAUAUUGCAAAGGUCUAUGUCAGGGGCCGCUCAGUCAAAGCUUGA